ACCAUUCAUCAUCCCGCAAGGCGGGGAAGAAAAUAUUUGCACGUUAGCCCCUAGCGAAUAAAAAUCCGGGGUGACGGAAAGCCCCCCUCGCCGCGUUGGGAUCCGUCCAGGGGAUCCUCGCCAUGGGGACGGCGACGAUGGCCACGGCGUUGGGCGCGGCCAUGUUGCUCUACUUCGUGCUGAGCCGGAGGCUGGCGAAUCAUGAGGAGGCCGCCGGUAGCUCCGGCGGGGGCGGAGGAGCGAAGAGGCGGAGGGGACGCGCGGCGCGGCAGCCGUCGCAGCCGCCUGCGACAUGGAUGGAGGCGGUGGGUACUCUCGCCGAUACGCUGCGAUUCACCUACUCGGAGACGCUCGGGAAGUGGCCCAUCGGGGACCUCGCCUUCGGGAUCAAGUACCUCAUGCGCCGCCAGGGCAAUCUACAUGUUGCCGGUGUAUAUGCUGGAAGCAAUUGCAUUGAACUUAAAGGACCUGAAGUCAUGGAAGAGUUGAUUGUUCUACGACGGCUAAUUGAUUUAUGCUUUCUUUUCUCUAAGAAAUCAUUCCCAGUUUUCCUGGAAUUGGCUGGAUUUUCACAAGAGGAUGUUCUCAUUGAGGAACCUAAGGCGGGGAUUUUAAAGCCAGCUCAUACAAUUCUGCGUGAUGAGUGCACAAAAUCCUUUCUUGUUUUGAUACGAGGCACUCAUAGCAUGAAAGACACACUAACUGCUGUUACUGGUGCUGUAGUACCAUUUCACCACUCGGUAUUAGAUGAGGGUGGUAUCAGCAAGUUAGUCUUAGGGUAUGCACACUGUGGGAUGGUUGCAGCAGCACGCUGGAUUGCAAGAGGUAUAACGCCAUGCCUCCUUCAAGCCGUCACUCAGUGCCCAGAGUACCAAAUAAAGAUUGUUGGCCAUUCAUUGGGUGGUGGCACUGCUGCAUUGCUGACUUACAUCUUGAGAGAACAUACAGAGUUCUCCACAACAACUUGUGUUGCAUUUGCCCCAGCUUCAUGCAUGACAUGGGAAUUAGCAGAAUCAGGCAAGCACUUUGUAACCACGAUUGUCAAUGGUGCUGAUCUGGUUCCUACAGUAUCAACUGCUUCUAUUGAUGAUCUUCGUUCUGAGGUAACGGCGUCUUCAUGGCUGAAUGACUUGAGGGAUCAAAUACAGCAGACACGUUUCCUAAAUGCCGUUUACCGGUCUGCUACUGCUUUAGGAACUCGCCUGCAGUCUUUUUCUGGUGCGAGAGCCAGGGUUGCUGGUGCUGGGGCACUGCUACGCCCUGUUUCAAGCAAAACUCUGGUUGUGAUGAAACAAGCACAAAAUGUAGCACAGGCUGUUGCAAGAAGUCGGUCAGCACUGUCUUCAUGGGCAUGCAUGGGUGCACGCCGUCGACCUGUAGGCGUAGUAGCUGCAAGUCCCAAGGAUGAAAUGACUGCAGAAAACCAUGUUAAAACCACAGUGGAUUCAGAGUCCUUUGUUGUAGAACAACAUGUCACCGAGGUCGUAGAGGAGCUGCAGUAUGCUGCAACUAGUAUUUCAGUUCACGAGGAAACAGAAGAAGAGGCUCUUAUGAGUGAGCAUGAAACUUCUAGGGAGCAUGCAGAAGAAGAAAUAACUGAAGGUGAGCUGUGGUUUGAGUUUGAGAAAGACCGGGAUCGGCAAGCUGAAGUGGAAGCACGGACCCGUGAGGAAGAAGCAGCUGCUGCCAAGGAAAUAAUGGAGGAGGAAAGUGCUGUCCUAAAGAAUGUAGAGGAUAGGCAAUCCUUUUCAUCAGAUAGCCUCGAGAGGCAGCAAUUCUACCCCCCUGGUAGAAUCAUGCAUAUGGUUGCCAUGCCUCCUCCAGAUGCUGGUCCGGAUGAUCCUAUUGUCACUGAUGAGUGUACUGUUGGAUUAUACGGGACACCGAGACAUCUUUACAGCAAGAUCCGACUAUCUAAUACCAUGAUCAAUGACCAUUAUAUGCCAAUGUACAAGAAAAUGAUGGAAAUAUUGAUUGAGAAGUUUGCAAACAACGAUGACAACUCUGGUGCAGAUUCUACAGUAGGAUAGUGGUUGACUUAUACAUCAAGUGUACAAUAGUUUCUUUUCUGUUUAGAUGUGAUUAGCUAUUAUACUAUUUUGCAAUAUAUACAACAGAUGUCCUGAUCAGUCCAAAUAGUUUUUAGUUAGGGUUGCGCGACAGUGUGAGUGCAUGUAUAAAUGUAAAGGAAACUAGCAUUAGUCAUUUAACACCCUUGCUGUUGUGUUAUCCUGUUGGUUUUAAAAUGUAUCCUCUUUGGUAUUUGAAUGUUGAAAAUUCAAGUUAUAACUGUAGAUUGCUUUUGGAAUUUGAAAUUCCAAGGUGCAUGGAAA